AUGGUGGGCGUUGUCCAGUUGUCCGUACGAAUCCAGAUUUCCCCUCCCUGCUACAUCUCUCCUUCCACCGAGACUGUCUUCUUAUUGCUGUUUUUUCUUUUUACUACCAAAUUGAUGCAGAUGCUAUUAGUGAAAGGAUUGGAGACUGGGUCUAGUAGUGGUAGGUUUUUUGAGAAAUUCCAAGUGCUCGGGAAUUGCAAAUUGUUUCAGCCAGGGGGUAAUUGCACUCAACAUGGAGGAUGGUACCCUUCAUCGUUUCCUUUCAACAAAUGCUAUUUUAGCAACAGGACUCAACAUGGUUAUGGCAGAGGUUACUUCUCUGCUAUUUCACCUCACACAUGUACUAGUGAUGACAAUGCUAUGGUUGCACGUGCUGGGUUACCCCUUCAGGAUCUUGAGUUUGUGCAGUUCCAUCCUACAGGCAUUUACGGUGCUGGAUGCCUUAUAACCGAAGGUUCCCGGGGCGAAGGUGGUAUUCUUAGGAACAGCAAAGCUGAGAGGUUCAUGGAAUGA